AGGAUAGAAGUGCGCAGCAUCAGUACCGCGCAGGCUUCGUCUUCCAGCAUCAACGGGUACAAUCUCAAUAUCAGUACCGAAAAUUUCGCACAGUGCAAGGUGGAGGUUGAGAAAUCGCGACGUGCUGUAGCACUAUUACGCGUAACGCUGUAUUUAUCUUCGUUCUUUAUUUCUCCUCGUUUUCUUCCGUCGUUGUACUCCUUUCUUUAUUGUAUAUAUCAGUGAAUACAUAUGUAUGUAUCACGUUGCACAAAGGACUACAUUUGUCGCAGCUUUUGGACGAGAUAAACUUUAGCACGAUCUUCUGUUUGCUUUCCUAAUUUAACAGAAACAUCAGGACGUCGAUAGUCUUCUCCGAUGGCAGAUCACGAUAAUAUUUACGACGACGAGGAGCUUGUAUCAGCGAAUCCGAAUCAAAGGAAUUGGCGUGGCAUUUUGAUAGCUCUUCUUGUGAUCGUUGCGGUCUUAACACUAAUUGUGACAUCCGUUGCCUUAUUAACACCGCCAGAUGAGGGUCCCAGAGUACGAGGUGCUAGAAUAAGACUUUCCGAGGUACUUUCUGGAGAAUUAACACCCCUUUUCUUCAAUGGAUCAUGGGUAAGCGGACAGCAUAUUUGCUACCGGGAUGUAUGGGGUGGAAUUUCGCUAUUGUACGUCUCCUCAAAAAACAUCACUUCCCGCAGUUUAAUGUCCAAUGAAACUUUCAGGACACUGAAUCCCGCCAAGUUCUCAUUGUCACCGGAUCGUAAUUAUUUGCUCCUUGCGCACAAUGUGAAGAAACUAUUCCGAUACUCGUAUUUAGCACAAUAUACAGUUUACGAUGUAAAUACACGAGAAAUUAUACCACUGACUCCACAUCCUGAGAAAGAAGUUCACCCUUAUCUUUUAUUGGCACAAUGGACUCCACGUGAUCAUGGUUUAGUUAUGGUUCACGAUUAUGAUAUUUAUUAUAUAACAAGUCCGAAAAGUAAUACAGGAUAUCGUGUUACUGAUACAGCAAUUCCUGGUAUUCUAUCAAAUGGACUACCAGAUUGGCUUUAUGAAGAGGAGAUAUUACAUCGUGCAGAAGCAAUUUGGAUGUCAUCAGAUGGCCAUAUGAUGUUAUAUGCUUCUUUUAAUGAUUCACUUGUUGAGGAAAUGCAUAUAUCUUGGUUUGGAGAAGGAAAUAAAGCUUUGUAUCCUGAUAUACGAUCUUUGCGUUAUCCUAAGCCAGGAACACCAAAUCCAGUAGUACGACUCUAUAUAGCAGACUUGGCAAAUCCAAAGAACAUUCAUACGAAGGUAGUGAAACCGCCACCUAUCAUCGAGCAUGUAGAACAUUACUUUACUACGGCUUCUUGGGUCUCUUCAACGGAAGUCUGCAUAACAUGGUUGACCCGUGCACAAAAUCUUUCUGUUGUGACUAUGUGCAAGAGUCCAUUGUGGCAUUGUCAGGAAAUUCAAAGGAUAGUAGCUGAAGAUCAUGGCUGGGUAGAUACCCCUCCAGAGGCACCUAUUUUUUCAGCAAAUGGCAGUAGUUACAUUGCUAUAAGCCCAAUUAAGGAUGGCCAAGCUGGUUAUUUCAAACAUAUUGUUUGGGUGAAUGUUGCUCGAAAAUUAGUUGUUCCACUUACUCAUGGAAAAUUCGAAGUUGCACAAAUACUAGCAUGGGAUCAACCUAAUAAUACCAUAUACUUUAUAGGUAUUCCACCUAUGCGACCAGGUCAGAGACACCUUUAUUAUGUGAGUUCAUUGUUACCACAUGUGGGUUCAUCUCUACAUCCUGCUGUUUGUGUUACUUGUACAGAAACAUCAGAAGGAAAUCGAAAUAAACAUAGAACAGCUUCAUCUGGUCAUCAUAGUGCUUGGUCUGACAAUAAUUACAUACAUGACCACUAUGAAACACAAACAGAAAGUAUACAAGAUAAAGAUACUGGACAGUUAAAGGAAAAUGUUACAAAGAAACAGAAAUCGAAAACAUACGUUGCACCAAAAUUUACUGAUCAACCUUGUCAAUAUCACAAUGUUAUUUUCCCACCAAUUGGGACUGAUUACUUUGUCUUGGAAUGUUAUGGACCUGGUAUACCUACUGUUACUUUAUAUAAAACUAAUUUCCCUAUGCCAUAUCUUAUCUAUGUUUUACAAAAUAAUACAUUAUUGCGUGAACGAGUUAACAAACUUGCACUUCCACAAGUUAAAACAUUUCCUGUUCAAAUAAGUGGUGGAUAUAAUGCACAAGUAAAAUUGCAUUUACCACCUGGACUAAGAGAAGAUGAGAUCACCAGAUAUCCGUUGAUUGUACAAGUAUAUGGUGCACCAGGUUCACAGUUAGUAACGGAAAUGUUCAAAAUUGAUUGGAAUACUUAUUUAGCUAGUAGAAAAAAUAUGAUUGUUGCCCAAAUUGAUGGAAGAGGUAGCGGGGGACAAGGCUAUAAAUUCCUUCAUGAAGUGUACUAUAGACUUGGUUCCGUUGAAGUCGCUGAUCAACUUGAAGUGACUGAAUAUUUGCGAGAUUCAUUGCAUUUCGUGGAUAAACAACGAGUUGCUGUUUGGGGUUGGAGUUACGGAGGUUUCGUAGCUGCUCUUGCGCUGGCGCAUCCUGAGCAAGAUGUCUUUGAAUGUGGCAUAAGUGUGGCACCUAUUGCUUCAUGGAAACUUCAUGAUUCAGCAUAUGCUGAAAGAUACAUGGGUUUACCAGAUGUUGUAUCAAAUUAUAAGGGAUACGCUGAGUCAGAUAUAUUUGAGAAAGUGGAACAUUUACGGGAUAAAAUGUUUUAUUUAGUGCAUGGUACUGCAGAUGAUAACGUCCAAUUUCAACAGUCCAUGGCACUUACGCAUCACCUUGCGAAAAAAGGCAUACUUUUUCGACAACAGGUGUAUCCAGAUGUGGGUCAUACAUUAGCAGGGGUAAAAGGUCAUCUCUACUUAUCGAUGGCUCAAUUUUUGGAUGAUUGUUUCCAGAAACAAGUACCUACUGAUACAAAAGCUGGUCUCAUCAGUGGUGGAUCUUGUCUGUAGUUGUAAAUAAUGUGAUCUAAAAAUGAUCUACUUGUGAAGGAAACUCAUACACCAAAAUUACACCUAAAUAUCUCCAAA